CAUCAUCAUGGUACUGCUGCAUUGAAAACUGCACUAGCAAGACACACGAUCGAUCAGUAAAAAGAAAGAACUAUGGGAUUCGUUUUUUCAAGUUUCCAACGUGUAAACGGCGGGAAGGGGAGCAUGUUGAAGACGUCGCGAGAAGACGUCGCGUGGCGUGGAUAGCGGCAGCAAGACGAGAAGACAUCACUUAUCACAACAUCCCUGUGUCAAUGAGAGUGUGCUCUUUGCACUUUCAUUCAGGACAACCAGCAUAUGAAAUGUUUGAAACUCAUCCUGACUGGGCACCGUCUUUGCUUUUGGGGCACAGCGAAGUGAAAACUAUAGACAAAGAUAGUUUUACACGUCAAUUAAAGAGACAUGAAAGGAUCACGACAGGAGAGAAAGUGGAGGACAACAUUAAAUGUGAAGCAGAUGAGAUGGCACAAGAACACAAAGUGAUAUACAAUGAGGAAACUGAGAAGGUAAUGCAGCAGGAAGUGAAGGAGGAAUGGGCACAACAGGACAUAAAAGAGGAGGAACAGGAAGUAAUGGAGGAGAAACGGGUACCACGGGAUGUAAAGGAGGAGAAACAGGCACCACAGGAAAGUGACAUUGCACAAAAUCCUGAUAACCACAGUACACAAGAAUGUGAUCUUUGCAAGUGCAGGCAAAAUGAAAUAAACCAUCUACUAGAGGAAAACAGGCAGCUAAAGCAUAAACUUGAUAAAUUCAAAAUGACAGAGGAGUUUUUUAAGGAUGAUGAUGAUGAUGAAAAAGUAAAAUAUUACACUGGACUUCCAAGCUUUGCCAUUUUUCAGGUUUUGUUGUCCCAUGUAAUACAGUUUCUGCCUGGAAAGGAUAAAAGACAGUUGACAUGUUUUCAGAUGCUCCUUCUUACCUUCAUGCGUCUGAGAUUGGAUCUGCCCAUCCAGCACAUCGCUCAUCUUUUCAAUGUGAACGAAUCAACUGUUAGUACUGCAUUUAAGCAAACAGUGAGUGUUUUGUACUCCCGCUUGUCUCCACUGGUGCACUGGCCAGACAGAGAGAGUCUGCAAGUCAGUAUGCCGCAUCAGUUUGUGGAGAUAUUUGGAAAUAUUUUUGCUGCCAUUGUGGACUGCUUUGAAGUUUCUAUAGAAAGACCAUCAAAUCUUCAAGCAAGGGCACAAAGGUUUUUAAACUACAACCACGAGCACUCACUAAAGUACCUCAUAUGCAUUACUCCACAAGGAGUAAUUUCCUUCAUCUCCAAAGGGUUUGGUGGGUGCACUAGUGACAAACAAAUAACCGAGAACUGUGGUUUUCUAGAUAAACUACUGCCAGGGGACAUAGUGUUAGCGGACAGAGGGUUUGACAUUAAAGAGAGUGUGGGAUUGAUGUGUGCUGAAGUGAAAAUACCAGCAUUUACAAAGGGGCAACGUCAGCUGGAAGCAAAGGAUGUGGAGGACAUGACAAGCAUUGCACACCUCAGAAUUCACCUGGAGAGAGUCAUUGGUGUUGUAUGCCACAAAUACAAAAUCCUUUCUUCAACUUUUCCUAUCAGUAUGGUGCUGCCAUGUGAGCUUGAGAAUGUAACAUUUUUAGACAAAAUAGUUACAGUUUGCUGUGCUCUGGCAAACAUGUGUCCAAGUGUUGUACAAUGAUUACUUGAAACAUACACUGCUGA